AGUCAGCUGUUUUUCUAACCUAAAAAUAUGGGAGUUACACAAUAUUUAUUUAUUGAUUUAAAUUAAUUAUAAUGGCUCAACUAUUAAGUCAAAUAUAUAGAAAAUGUGAAUUAAAAACAACAUUAAAUACGCUUAAGAAUAUAUGUAAUAAGCAAUGUGAUCGAUAUCAUAGUACAAAUAUUCCUAAGAAGAAAACCGCUAGUUCAGUAUAUCGUACUAUGAAUAUAUUUGAUAGGAAAGCAAAAAUAUUGCAAAAAGAAAGAUCAGCUCAAAGCGAAAAUUACCACCUAUCAGAAUACAUUAAAGAAGAGGUGGGCUGGAGAACAGCUGAUAGAAUAUUCGAUAUAAAAAGAACGUUUAAAAACGCUGUUGAACUUGGAGCAGGUCGUGGCUAUGUUUCUCGUCACUUUCUACCUGAUUGUGUAGAAAAGGUCACUCUUUGUGAUUCCUCACAGACGCAUCUGGAUAAAGCUAUUGUCGGUGAUGGUGUACAAUAUGAAAAGAUGGUUAUCGAUGAGGAGAAAUUUGAUUUUCCCGCAGACAGUGUGGAUUUGUUAGUCUCAUCGUUGGCUUUACACUGGGUCAACGAUUUACCCGGUUGCUUUGAUAGAGUGAUGAAUUGUUUAAAACCAGAUGGAGUGUUCAUGGCUUGUGUCUUCGGUGGAGACACCCUAAUGGAACUCCGUCAAGCGCUGCAGUUGGCCGAAACGGAGCGACUCGGAGGCGUUUAUCCUCAUAUAUCACCAUUCACCCAUAUACGGGAUAUAGGAGGCCUUCUUAAUGCGGCGGGCUUCACGCUGCAGACGGUGGACGUGGACAGCCUGUCGGUGUGGUUCCCGUCGGCGUGGCACGUGAUGCGCGACGUGCGCGCGCAGGGCGAGGCCAACGCGGCGCGCACGCGGCCGCUGCGCCUCGCGCCGCGCACGCAGUUCGCCGCCGCCGCCAUCUACGACGAGAUGUACGGCAAGGAAAUUCCAGAACGCGGGUGUCGAGGCGUUCCAGCUACUUUCCAGAUAAUAAACUUCGUCGGUUGGAAACCAGAUCCAACACAACCGAAACCGAUGGAAAGAGGAACCGCUGAGCUAUCCUUAAAGGAUUUGGAUAAAAUCGACGAAAUUAUAAAAGAGACAACGAAAAUAGAACUGACAGAGGACGAUAAGAAAUAAAACGUAAAAAAAAUA